AUGUCUGAACUCUAAAUCAUAUUUAAUGUGGGCAAGAAUGAACAAGGGAAUCCAAAUCAAAAUUACAAGAAGAUACUGAAGAAGUACAAGGGAUAAUAUAAGUUUGGAUUACAUAAGGAUGAUUUAGUGUAUGAAAAAUUAAGGAGUGCAAAUUUAGUAAUUUUAGGAGGUUCCAGAGCUCCAUUUACAGAGAAAGAAAUAAAGUGUCUUGAGGAAUAUCUCAAUAAUGGAGGAAACAUAUUGAUCAUGUUUUCUGAAGGCGGAGAGAACAAAUCCACAAGCAAUUUAAAUGCAUUAAUAGAAAAGUAUGGAAUAUAUGCGAAUAACGACUGCGUGGUCAGAACAUGCUUUUUUAAAUAUUUUCAUCCCAAAGAAGCCUAUAUAUAGUAGGGAGUGAUAAAUCAAGAGAUAGUUAGAGUUAUCAAUGGAGAUCAAAAGGAAACACGAAAAACCAAGGGUUCCACUCCUUAUUUGUAGGGAGUCAUUGAACUAGAGGAAUCAGAGAUCAACAAUAAUGGAGGGUUGGAUUUCGUGUAUCCCAAUGGAGCCACUUUGGUUGUGAAGGACAAAGCGUUCGCAGUUCUUUCGACUGGACCUAUGUCUUAUCCGUGUGAAAGACCCAUAAUGGCCAUCAAUUAAGAGAAAGGGAAGUUGGUGGUUGUAGGUUCUACGGACAUGUUUAAUGACGAAUACUUUGAGAAGGAUGACAAUCAGAAGAUUUUCGAUUUUCUGCUUAAAUUUUAUUUUAGUAAAGAUGUCGAAUUUGACAAAAAGGCUCCAUUCAAUGAGUCAGAAAAUAAGAAUGCUCCAGACAUUGCAGAAUUGUCAGAGAAGCUUAAGAGUUGUCUAUAAGAGAGUGAGGAAUUGCCUAAGGAUGUGACUACCUUGUUUGAUUCCAGUCUAUUUAAAUUUGAUCUAGAUAUGAUUCCUGAUGCUGUUAAAUUAUAUGAAACUCUUUCUGUCAAACAUGAACCCUUAACUCUGAUUGUACCCCAAUUUGAAACUCCUUUGUUGGGAUUAUAGCCUGCCUUGUUUCCUCCUAUCCCCAGAGAGUUGCCUCCUCCUCCUCUCGAAUUAUUUGAUUUGGAUGAAGAGUUUGCAUCCGAGAAAGUGAGAUUAGCCUAAUUGACAAACAAAUGCAGCAACGACGAUUUAGAAUACUAUGUUAAGGAAGCAGGGGACAUCAUUGGGAUCACAGACAAACUCAAGAAUAGACAGAAGGCACAGUCAGUCAUUCACUAUGUUCUAGAGAAUUUGAUCAAUUUUAAAAAACUAAAUUAGGGUUGA